GCCAGGGAGCACGCGUUGCUCUUUUAAACUCCACGGCACCAGAGAUGAAGUCACCUUCCUGCUUUUAAAACCAACAGAUCUGCCCUGUAAGUCUCUGUCACUUCUGCUAGAACUUGGUGUUUUUCCCACUGUUGGUCACCAGGACCUUCUCUCAGGAUAUUCCAUUUGAUCUGAGAGCUGCUCAUACAAAAGACUUGCUGGAAGCAUGGACCUCAGUGAAAAAUGGCCUUUGGAGGACGGAACCUGGUUGCCUCAUGCUGGAAUUCAUCACUUUGCCAACACCAGAGGGGACAGUGAGUUUGGGGAAGCCCCUCUCGCACUCUACAGCCCGGAGGAGUUAGGUCCUCCUCCUAUUCGUUACAGUCCCAGUAGUCCUGUGCCGAUUCUAGAAGACCCCAGCCACUUUUUCCCAGACUUUCAGCUCUACUCUGGGAGGCAUGAAGCAUCUGUUCUGACAGUGGAGGCAAGCAGUGGCUUCUGGGAAAAAGUUGCUGAGGAUCCUCUUUGUAACUUCCACUCCCCGAGCUUCCUGAGGGUCUCAGAGGUGGAAAUGAGAGGUUCCGAGGAUGCAGCAGCUGGAACAGUAUUGCAGCGGCUGAUCCAGGAACAACUGCGGUAUGGCACCCCGACCGAGAACAUGAACUUGCUGGCCAUUCAGCACCAGGCCACAGGGAGUGCAGGACCAGCCCACCCUACAAACAACUUUUCUUCCACGGAAAACCUCACUCAAGAAGACCCACAAAUGGUCUACCAGUCGGCACGCCAGGAACCGCAGGGUCAAGAACACCAGGUGGACAACACGGUGAUGGAGAAACAGGUCCGGGCGGCGCAGCCCCAGCAGAACAACGAGGAACUGCCCACGUACGAGGAGGCCAAGGCGCAGUCUCAGUUCUUCAGGGGCCAGCAGCCGCAGCAGCCGCAGCAGCCGGGGGCCGGGGGCCACGGUCACUACAUGGCCGGGGGCGCCAGUCAGAAGUCGCGGACCGAGGGGAGGCCCACGGUGAGCCGUGCCAAUAGUGGACAGGCGCACAAAGACGAGGCGCUCAAGGAACUGAAACAGGGCCACGUCCGCUCUCUCAGCGAGAGAAUCAUGCAGCUGUCACUGGAGCGGAAUGGUGCCAAGCAGCACCUCCCCGGCUCAGGGAACGGAAAGGGGUUCAAGGCAGGAGGGGGACCCUGCCCAGCCCAGCCUGCAGGCAAAGUACUGGACCCCCGGGGUCCUCCACCCGAGUACCCCUUCAAGACCAAGCAAAUGAUGUCCCCGGUUAGCAAGACCCAGGAGCACGGACUUUUCUACAGCGACCAGCACCCUGGGAUGCUCCACGAGAUGGUCAAGCCUUACCCUGCCCCUCAGCCUGCGAGAACGGAAGUGGCCGUCCUGAGGUACCAGCCGCCCCCAGAGUAUGGGGUAACAAGCCGCCCAUGCCAGCUUCCUUUCCCGUCGACAGUGCAGCAGCACUGCCCGAUGUCCUCCCAGAACUCCUCGGCCAGCGGGCCGCUGCACUCCGUGUCCCUGCCGCUGCCGCUUCCCGUGACCCUGGCGGUGGCACAGCCCCCGCCCGCCGCCUCCCCCAGCCAGCAGCUCGGGCCAGAUGCAUUCGCGAUUGUGGAGCGAGCCCAGCAGAUGGUGGAGAUACUAACAGAGGAGAACCGCGUGCUUCACCAGGAACUUCAGGGCUACUAUGACAGCGCCGACAAGCUCCACAAGUUUGAGAAAGAACUUCACAGGAUUUCAGAAGCCUACGAGAGUCUGGUCAAGUCCACCACCAAGCGAGAGUCACUGGACAAGGCGAUGCGAAACAAGCUGGAAGGCGAGAUUCGUAGACUCCACGAUUUCAACAGAGACCUCCGAGAUCGACUGGAGACCGCCAACAGGCAGCUGUCCAGCAGAGAAUACGAUGGGCAUGAAGACAGAGCUGCCGAGGGGCUUUAUGCUUCCCAGAACAAAGAAUUCUUGAAGGAAAAGGAGAAGUUAGAAAUGGAGUUAGCGGCAGUGCGGACUGCGAGCGAGGACCACCGGAGACACAUUGAGAUCCUGGACCAGGCUCUGAGCAACGCCCAGGCCAGGGUCAUCAAACUGGAAGAGGAGCUACGAGAGAAGCAAGCAUAUGUCGAGAAAGUUGAGAAGCUGCAGCAGGCCCUGACCCAGCUUCAGUCUGCGUGUGAGAAGCGAGAGCAGAUGGAGCGGAGGCUGCGGACCUGGUUGGAGAGGGAGCUGGAUGCCCUGAGAACGCAGCAGAAACAUGGAAAUGGCCAGCCCGCCAGCAUGCCAGAAUACAAUGCCCCGGCCCUCAUGGAACUUGUGAGGGAGAAGGAGGAGCGGAUCCUGGCCCUGGAGGCCGACAUGACCAAGUGGGAGCAGAAGUACCUGGAGGAGAGCGCCAUCCGGCACUUUGCCAUGAAUGCCGCGGCCUCUGCCACCGUGGAGAGGGAUACCAUGAUCGUCAACCACUCGAGGAACGGCAGCUAUGGCGACUGCUCGCUGGAGGCCCACAUGUGGCAGGAGGAGGAGGAGGUGGUGCAGGCUGCCAGGAGGUGUCAGGACAUGGAGUUCACGAUUAAAAAUCUCCAUGCCAAAAUCAUAGAGAAGGAUGCCAUGAUUAAGGUCCUUCAGCAACGAUCCCGUAAAGAUGCCGGGAAGACGGACUCCUCCAGCCUGCGGCCUGCCCGCUCCGUCCCGUCCAUCGCUGCGGCCACCGGGUCGCACUCCCGCCAGACCUCUCUUACCAGCAGCCAGUUAGCGGAGGAGAAGAAGGAAGAGAAGACCUGGAAGGGGAGUGUAGGGUUGUUGCUGGGGAAGGAGCACCACGAGCACGCCCCCGCCCCCAUGCUCCCCGUGUCCCCGGCCGCAGCGCUGUCCCCCACAGCCCCCAUCAUCUCGGCCAGCAGUGUGCACGCCAAGACGGGCAGCAGAGACAGCAGCACGCAGACGGACAGGAGCGCGGAGCUCUUCUGGCCCAGCCGCGGCCGGCUGAGCGGGACCCCCUCCAACAGCCCGGUCCUGAAGCACCCGGCCGCCAAAGGGACUGCGGAGAAACCGGAGAACACGCCUGGCCACGGAAAGUCGCCCGACCACAAGGGCCGGGUAAGCAGCUUGCUCCACAAGGCUGAGUUCCCUGAUGGAGAGAUGAUGGAGGUUCUCAUCUAACGUGGGCAUCCCGUGGCACCUCAUAACGGGACAGUGACAAGCAAAUGAGGCACGUGGCAAAGAAGGCGAAGAAAGAUCAAGAAGCUUACAGUUGGGCAAUCAGGAACAUUUGAACUGAUAAAGAUUUCAGAUUUGUGAGAACACUUUUUAUAAAUGCCAAAAAAUACAUCAGGAGACCUGCGUGACUGAAGGUGAAGAGAAUGCUAUGGAUUUUUAGCUCAUAUGGUAGGAGGGAGAAGAUGCAGAGAAGAAAUAGGAAAUGGAGUUUUUCAUUGUAGAGAAAAUACAUCUCUUGGGGAGGGUCUGUGUACAUUGCAUUCUCUGGUUAUAAACAGAUAAGCCUGAACAUGGGUCUUCCUUGUUUAAGAAGAAUCUCCCGGCAAUCUCAGAGACACCAUCUUGGCGUAACAUAACAGCACCUGUGCUGUCCACAGGGUGUCCUGGGAACAUGUGUACCUGUUGCAGUGAAAAGUGUGCAGGAGUGAUGGGCAAUUUAAGGCCAUCCUCACCUACUUUCCUGCUUGCUUGGUUUGUAUUUGCAGGAGAUUAUGUGGGUUCUUGGCUUUUCUGGAUUCACAGUAUUUUCUAAACAGGAUGGAGACAGUAUGAUCUUGAUGCUCAUCCUCCUUAGCUUCUCUGACUCCAUCUGUCUCUGCUUCCUUUUCUUUAAUUUUACUUUUCUGUAAAAUUUUCCCCCUUUUUAAUAAGACAGAAUUCCUUAGAUCUGGAAUGGAUUAGGGCAGUAUCCGAACUGUUGCUAUUCUCGCUGUGUUUAACAGUGAGCAGUGAGACAAUGCCAUAUGCUGGCUUCGCGGUUGCUUCCUCUGCCUUUGAGCGGUUGGGCGGCAGCUGUUACUCUCGCCCUGGCUGUGAACUAGGUGACUGUGAUGAGGCGGAGGAUCCCAUGGCCACUGUGACAUCUGCAUCAAGACCGUGGCCGUGGCUGCCUCCUUGCUCCCGUCAGCUCCCCGGCACAGCCUUGGCAUGUCCACCGCAUCGCUCUGUUGGGAUAGUACUGUGAGGGCCGCACUCCGCCAGCGAAUGGCUUGGUGGCGUCCGGGCUCCUGGCACCGCUGUCUAGUGUCCGUGGCUCACGAGCACGUUCACCACUGUCCCUGCCCCCUCUCGCACUCCUCAGGUGGCUCUUGACAGGCACAUGUGUCAGCACAUCCGUUUUUCCCUGGCGUCAACUUGCUUUAUAACCUAUCAGGCCAGUAUACUCACAGUGUGGUCGGGUGUUUUGAAGUUUCAGUUUGGGACAGGUUGUCCAAAAGAAGACAAAUGCCAUGUUUAAGAGGCAGGAGUGAGUGAGGUUGGGGCCUCCUGUCCCUGAAUGCGAUGCUUCACAUCUGGCUCCUCCGACAUUAGCUUUCUUUCCAAGCCUAGGAGGUGCUGGAUCAGAAGAGAGGAGAAGCCGAUCAGGCUGUCAGAUGCUCUUGCAGGGCCUGAAAUGUUCUCCCUCUGGGGCAGCCGGGUCCUUUGCUGUCUUGGGUCCCUUUCCUCACGCUAAGGGAAGGGAAAAAGCCCCGGGUCUGAGUCUUUUCAAGCCCCACCUCGAUGAAGCCCUGAUCACACCACCACUCGGAAGGCUUGCUUAGGUAGUUUAUUUUAGGGUUGGUGUUUGGAGGAUCACCUGGGUGGAGUUAGAGCCUCCCCAGACUGAGGUGGGGGAGGAUCACCAGUGGAGCAGGGGCGUGGGUGGGAGGGGGGCAAUGGCCUUGGCCUGGGGGCUCUGAGCCUCCAGUGUGACAGAGACUCAGGCUGACUCCUCCCAGGCUCUGCUCUGCGGUGGGCAGUGAGCUUUGGCCUUGAUGCUCACUGCCUCCUGUGGUGCCUGCUGAGCUUCAAAGAGAGAAUCCUGCAGCCUGGGAAACUGGAGCCAUUCUGAGGGGCGAGCAGCCCACCUCAUGCCCUGGAGUGAGGGGAGAGCACGCAGGGUCGUUGGGGAAAGGGUGGGGGACAGGCGGAGGGAUCCUGAGCCCCAUCUGUUCCCUUCACUUUUUAGGGGUGAUGAAGUUCAGGGACAUUUUGACCCCUGAUUAAUGGUGGUGGUGAACCAGGAAGGAAAAACAGUGUCUAGAGGGAAAAGGGCAAGUCAUAUUUUCCAGCUCCCCUAGGCAUGGGUAACAGCAAGGGCCACAGCCCAGUUUCCCCCCAGCCCCUCCUUUAUACCCCAGCACACUGUGUGGGUGCUCAGGUACCCCCCCAGGCACCCUCCUAGACCCCCUUUAUGCCCCAGCACACCACAUGGGCACUCAGGAACCAGGCCUCCUGCCCUUCAUGCUCCCCCUGAGUUGCCAGGUGCAAACACUGACGUUGCCAUUUUUCGGCUGUGCUGUGGUCUGUCUUCUCUAACCUGCUAAGGCUUUUCCGGGAUCUGUGACUUUAUAAUAUAUCUUUUUAUGGGAGAUUUCCUGCCAAGCCAGAGCGCUUGCCACUUUUCACCUUCAUAGCUCUCUUGAAGCUUUGCUUGCUGUAGGGAAAGCAACUGCAAAUACUGAGUGCCUGGGCUUCAGCCCUGAAGCCCUAGAGUCGACUACAGACAUGAGGUACAGAUGGACGUCUUCACGUGCCGCUAUAAGCAGGGCUACAAAAUCCAUUUAAAGGACGCUUGUAUGUUGUCAAGAGCCCUGGACCUCCUCAUGGCUUCCCUGUGGUGCCUGCGUAUGGCCCUGGCGGUCAAGUGAAGGGUAAGCUGUGUGGCUUUGUGUGGGGAUGCUGCUUCCCCCUAAAGCUAUCCUGGCCAUUUCUGCGUGCUGCCCAGGGUACCAUGUGGAGUAGGAGAUGCUACUGGAUUUCUGGCAACUAAUUUCAGAGCACAUGGGACCUUUUCUUAGCACUUUCUUCUCUCAGCUUCUCUUCUCCUCCCAGAGGCUGGUAGCCAAUGAGGGUGUUGAGUUCGGCUUGUUAGUAGCAGGCAGGCCAGGCAGGGCUGCCCCCUCCCGCCCAGGGCUUUGGGUGGAAGGCAGAGUGGUGGGACCCUUCUGUCCUCAGUCUUGCAGGGAUUGCUCUCUGGGGCCUGUGUGUGAACUUGACUACGUGGGGCUUGGUUUGGAUAUUGCGACAGCUGCCCCAAAUGAACUCUGAGCUGGGAACACAGAACGCAGUAGCCGUGUUGCUCAGGGGAGGGGCUGUGGGGAUGCCCCUGCAGAGCCAGCGUCAUCAGUGCUGGUGUCCUCCGGGGUUUGCCUUCAGCCACCUGUACCCUCCUGACGCUGAGUGCCGAUGGGAUGAGAGACUGCCCCCACUCAGCAGCCUUCUGAGUCCCCGAAACUGAUGUGAGCACAGAGGUCAGGGAGGAGGCUGGCUCCUGGGAGGCAGGGAAGGGUAGGUUGGGGGCUCAAAGGUUUCGAGGCAGACAGCUCACGCUGACUGCUGGGACCCCUGCUGAACAAAGAGCUCUGUUUUCCACAGUCCUACUCUAUGUCUGCCCCGGAGCCGGGGGAGCUCGAAUGACCUUGCCACCCCCAAGCAGAGGAGAACUGCAGCCACAGUAAGUGGGAGCCCACGAAUGUUCCACAGAGAUAGGCGUCAAAUAGCCAGAGGAUCCAGCCCACGAUUGGGUUCUUCACGUCCCCAGGCCAGCAGCGGUUAUAAAUGUUGGUUUUCUUCUUUUUUUCUUGCUAAUUCAUCAGUGUGUUUAAAGUGUCUUCAUUCAAUGUGAGGGAUGUUCACUGGGUUUGCCUCUGAUGUGUGGCUCCACGGGAGAGAGGUAAUUAAGAAGUUACCAGAAGCUUAUCUUCUGGGAGACUGUAAAGGUCAGCAUUUCAGGAAAUGGAUUUCUUCUGGAACUAAUGAGCAGUUUUUUUCUUUCUCCUUUUAGGUAGUAGUGUGUGCCCUAUUCUCAUUUAGUAAUUUAAUGGUAUAUAAAGACGUGUAUAUGUCAGUGCAUAUAGAUGAGGUCUGACUCCAAGGUUGUGUGUUGAAUUCCUUUUCUUAGUAUCCAGAAGAUGCAAAUGCUUCAUCUCACCCCACCUUCCUUCAAAGGUGACUCUUUAGGAGACUCUGCACAGGUCACUCCGUGCUGCCCAAGAGGACACGUUUUGUAAAUGCCUCUAUUCAAAUGGCCUUCGGGGCCUCUGCCAUGUUCCUUAGAUUAGCCUUAGAGAUGAGAAAUCUCCAUCCUUUGAGGAUGGAUUUAAGUUUGGAAAUAAUCCCAAGUCAUUUACUCAGUUGGAUAAAUAAAGAUAGGUUAUUAAGGUCACACCAUUUUAGCUUUAAAAAAAAAUCCCUAAGAUGUUCCUUGGAAUGAGGCUUUGGACUCCGAGAGCCUCUCCGGGUGGCCGCUUCUAAGGAGGGCAGUAGUCAUGGACAUGCAACGUCUAGUGGAUUCAUUUUUAAAGAUCUUCUCUCUUGCCAUGCCUUGUCUGUGUUCACAGCUCUGCACAUCCCCAGCUGUAAGUGAGUAUUCAUUAGUGAAAACCUCCAGUAGCUAUUCUUGCCCCACUAUACUUCAGUGCAUGUUACUGUCAUGGUAUGCCAUGACUGAGGCAUUUGUCAUGGAACUUUGCUUCACAGAAUUAAAAUAUUGUCCUCAACGUAAUGAAGCACACGUACAGCAUUCUCUUGUAUCAGCUCCGCAGGUUUUGAUGCAGCGGUUUUGCCUAGGAUUCUGUUCACACACAGACACCUGUAAGUAUUUAUUACAAAACAGAACUUAAGCAGAUUUAGCCACAGUGGUUUUCUUUGAAUUAAGGUGUUUUCCCCCUUUUGUGGAGGGUCUCACUCCAUGAGGCACUUUCAGAGUCUGUGAAAGGGGCAGGUGCAUUUACAGGCUUCGGCCAGCCCUGGUGCCACCUCACUGGCCGCCUGCCAGGUGGUCAUCCCUGUGCCCGGUGGCAGUUGUGCUGUGUUCUCGCCAGUGGACUGACUGCUGCAACGUUCAGGCGUCUUGGUCCUUCUAGCCUGUGGUGUGCAGAGCUGCACAGCCGGGUGGGUGUGUGAACAGUGGGGGGAAGUCCAAGAACAGCAUGAUCCUCAUGGCAAAUAUUGAUACUAAUGGUCAGCCAAAGAUUUUCCUAUUUCCUUUGCUGCUUAAACUUGUGCCUUAAUAUUGUAUAUAAUAAAUGGAUAAAAUGGC